AUGGAGUCAGAUAUAAAUAAUAAUAACAACUUUCAAGGUAGCCAUGUUCCGUUACAUAGUCAACAGAUGCUUAAUAAUAGACAAUAUAUAAAUAUCCAAAAUCGUAUACCAUUAUUUAGCAACUCAAGAAUACAACAAUCACAAAAUAUGUCAAUGCACCAAUCCGAAGAGAAUAGGGAUGUGGACAUGGUUGAUGUUAUAAAUAAUCCAUCCACUAUAGUCCAUACCCUUAAUAAUGAUGCAAGACAUGAUCACAUGGAAGAGGCAAAAGAAUUACUGUUACAUUACAAUCAACCACUAAUCGAUAUAUCUUUGUAUGCACCAUAUCUUACAGAAAGUGACAUCGAAAAUAUUAAAUUAUUUCAAUCAGCAUUUGAUGAAAAGAUAAAAUUAUGUUUUGAAACGAUUGACAAUAGAAGGAAGGAAAAGAUUGAACAAAUUGAACAACAUCAAAUGAUGUUAAUGUCAAUGGGAUAUAUAAAUAAUCCAGAUCUGAUUCAUCGCAUUAACAUUUUACAGAAGAUUAGUUUGAGAGCAAUGGAGACAGAGACAGUAGCUUUACAAAAGUUGAGAGUGAAAAUUGCAGACAUUGUAAAUGACUUUAAAGGACAUCUUGAGGUUUAUAUAAGAGCAAGAAGAGAAAAUCACCAGAUAGAAAACUUUCCUCUUCAACAUCAGUCCUAUUUGAAUCGCCUUGAUAUGAAUGAAUUUGUUAUGCCUUUUGAGAAUACAGAACCUCAAUUAAUGCCUACGAAUGUUUAUCAGUCAAAAACAACAACAAAUGAUGAUCAAGUUUUACAACAGUUGUUUUUAAGAAAAUCUAACAAUUCUACAUUUCCCCUGCAUAAACUUCCCUCUGAAAUUCUUCAUUUAGUUCUGGACAAGUUAACCUCAAAAUCUGAGAUUGUGAAUUUACUAACUGUAUGCAAGUUAUGGGCAUUAAUAAUUGUUAAAAUACUUUAUUAUAGGCCGCAUAUUAAUAAAAAAAGUCAGUUAGAUCUGUUUUUAAGAACCAUGAAAUUGGAUUCCAAAGAUACAAUGUUUAACUACCGUUUAAUGAUUAAAAGAUUGAAUUUUUCAUUUGUUGGAGAUUAUUUAUAUGAUGACUAUUUAUACUAUUUUGUUGGGUGUUUCAAUUUAGAACGUUUAACUUUGGUAUUCUGUAAGCAUAUAACAAGUAGACCGGUAGCUGCUGUCCUUACAGGUUGCAAAUAUUUACAGAGUGUAGAUAUUACAGGUAUCAAGGAAAUUUAUGAUGAUGUAUUUUUAACAUUAGCUGAUAGUUGUAAGAGAGUUCAAGGCUUUUAUGUACCGUCAGCUGGUAACAUUAGUUUUUAUGCGUUACAGAUGUUCACUUCAAGUGUCCCUAUGUUAAAAAGAGUUAAAAUCACAUCCAAUACUUUGAUGGAUGAUAAGUUAUUAGAGAUUAUGGCAGAUAAAUGUCCAAUAUUGGUAGAAGUCGAUAUAACUAAUAGUGUAAAUGUUACAGACAAGGGUUUAAUUAAAUUAUUUCUUAAAUUAAAUCAGCUAAGAGAGUUCAGAAUUACACAUAAUUCAAAGAUUACUGAUAGAGUGUUUUUAGAACUUGUGAAGAAACUUCAGCAGCUUCCUGCAUUAAGAUUAGUAGAUUUUUCAAGCUGUGAGAAUAUAACUGACAGGACCAUUGAGAAAUUAGUAGAUUUAUCACCUAAAUUAAGGAACAUAUUCUUAGGGAAAUGCAGUAGAGUAACAGAUGCAUCACUAUUCAAUCUAGCAAGGCUGGGCAAAAACUUACAAACCGUUCAUUUUGGCCAUUGCUUCAAUAUCACAGACCAAGGUGUACGAGUUCUAGUUCAAUCCUGUCCUAGAAUUCAAUAUGUUGAUUUUGCAUGUUGUACAAAUCUUACAAAUCGUACCUUAUAUGAACUUGCUGAUUUAGUAAAAUUAAAGAGAAUUGGAUUAGUUAAAUGUUCUCAGAUGACUGAUGAAGGGUUGCUAAAUAUGAUAUCGUUGCGUGGAAGAAAUGAUGGCUUGGAAAGAGUACAUUUAUCAUAUUGUUCAAACUUGACUAUCUAUCCAAUUUAUGAAUUAUUGAUGGCGUGUCCGAAAUUAUCCCAUUUAUCUUUGACGGCAGUUCCAUCCUUUUUAAGGCCAGAUAUCACAGCAUUUUGCAGACCUGCUCCACAUGAUUUUAGUGAGAACCAAAGGCAAAUAUUUUGUGUAUUCUCUGGUAAAGGUGUUCAUAAGCUUCGUCAUUAUUUAAUGAGCCUUACCACACCCACUAAUGGCCCUCAAACAGACAUUGAUGAAAUAUUAGCAAAAUAUAUAGUAGCAAACAAUAUUAUUCAACAGAAUGAAAAUUUAGAAACAGCUAUAAAUAGGGUCAUCCAUAACUUGAAUCAAGAUUCAGCAGCUAUUUUGGCUGCAACGGGAAUAAAUCAGGGAAGUGAGAUUUCAAAUGAUUUUACAUUUCAGAAUAUCGACUUUGAAAGAUUAGAUGAUAUUUUCAAUGCAUUUAACGACCAAUUUUUUAAUUCAUAUUCAAUUAUACCUGAACAUAUAGAACAUCUACAAUCAAAAAUAGAUAGGAGGUUUAUAGAAGAUCCUUUUAAUGAAUCGUUUGAAGAGAGGGAACCUGUAGUUGUGCCACAUGGAAGUAGAGAGAUUAACAGUGAAAUGUAUCAUAUUGUAAGAAAAUUCCAUGAAAUAGAUGAAAGAAUUGAUGAUUUUGAAGUUAAUGUAGCAAGUCUUGCUAGGGUACAGUUUCAGUUUACUGGAUUCUUGUUGCAUGAAAUGACGCAACUUUAUUUACAAAUGAUAGAACUUAAUCGACAAUUAAGCGAAGUGCAAAAUAGAGUCAAGAUCUCAAAUAAUGAAAAGGAUAUAAAAGGUCUUUUCGUUUGGAGAAUGAUGUUCCAUAAUAAAUUUUCAAAACUACUCCAAAAGUAUAAAAUAUCGACUGUAGUUUUACGCAUUUAUUUAAAAGAUAGUAUUACAUUUUUAACAAGACAAAGAGAGUGGGCAAUCGAGAUGGAGAAUAUGAAUUUUGUGAAUGCAUCAAACAAUAAUAAUGUCACAGAAAAUAAUAAUGUCACAGAUGACAUUAGACAGUCCCCUCUUCUUAGACAGUUAGUUGGUAGAGCAUCACUAACACCAGAUCAGAUUAGGUUGAUACAACGUUCUAUAUUAAAUCCAUCAAAUCUUAGAGGUGGUGCUACAACUAAUCAAAUAAGAGGUAUUCAAGAAAAUGUAAAUGAAUCUCAGACAGAUGAGAGAUCCGGGACACCUGUUGAUUGA